AUGAAAUCAUUCAUAGCAGCUUCACCGCCUACAGUGCCUGCGAUUGAGCCGGUGAGCCAUCAUAUCCCCAUCAUUUUGCUUCUGGUGAUCCUCGCAACUACGAUAUUCAUACUCAUUUUUCGACGGCAUUCCAAUCAUCAGCGGCGUAUGCAAAUUAUUAACGCACAAAAGAAGCGAAAAUUUGACACUGCAGCAAUGGAUACAAGCUUCGAGAAACAGCCUGACCUCCUCGGCAGUACGGUAAGUAUGUUUGAGAUUAGACAGCAUAGGCAAGAGAGCACUAUUUUUUGUAUUUCUCGCAUUAAAUACUCAGAAAAGCAGCGACCGAUGCAAACGUUCGAUGCGUCACAACGGCACGCGUCUUGGGCACCAUCACCGGCACCACCGCGUACCCAGUACCGAGCUCUCUCUGGCGGCUCCUUGGACUUUCGGGCGGGUAGUGCUCGAAACACGCCAGAUCUAGGUCGGACACGUCCGGAUCGAUAUCAGACGACAAAAUUAAAGGAAAACCAAUACUGGGUAUGA